GAAAUAAAAUGGAAAGUGAGGAAGAGGACGGAGAAAGAGUGGUUCCCUCCUCGGACGCUGCAGCACGAUCGUGUCAUUAGCCGAAGAAGUAAAUCCUAGGAUGCGAUCAGGGGGUGCGGAAGCAUUCGGCGUCCUCGCCGUGGUUCUGGGCUUCUGCGCCCAAAUGUUCCUCACCGACUGCCCGAGUCUCUGCGAGUGCAAAUGGAAGAGCGGCAAAGAAUCCGUCGUCUGCUUGAAGGCUAACCUCUCUGUGGUUCCGUUACACUUGGACGCGGGCACGCAAAUCCUCGAUCUUACCUCCAACAACUUGGCGACAGUCCGACACGACGAGUUCAGCGAGGCGGGACUCCUCAACCUGCAGAAGAUCUUCAUAUCGAAAUGCCGUCUACGAAGCAUAGAUCGCUACGCCUUCAGACAUUUAAUCAAUCUGGUCGAGUUAGAUCUGAGCUACAACGCGUUGAACUCCAUACCCUCGCACACCUUCGACUCCAUCCCCGAGCUUAGAGAGUUAAAAUUGAACGGAAACCCUAUCCAGAGGAUCCCCAACGAAGCGUUCAUCCAUGUACCGCAGCUGGUGAGGUUGGAAAUCUCGGAUUGCAAGAUAGCUUCAGUGGAAGACGACGCGUUCCACGGAUUGGAUCGUUCGCUGGAAUGGUUGAAAUUGGAUAAGAAUAAGUUGUCGGAUGUGAGUCCGACUUCGCUGACCGUCCUGCAGAAUCUGCACGGGUUGGAGGUAGCGGGAAACCCUUGGAAUUGUUCCUGCGGUCUGAGACCGCUCCGCGAGUGGAUGCUCCGGAAAAACGUUCCUUUCGGCGUUCCACCGGUCUGCAACCAUCCUAAACGGUUGCAGGGAAAACCGUGGGACAAACUCGAACUGGACGAGUUCGCCUGCGUACCAGAGAUCUUCGCCUACGACUCGACGGCUCACGGAAUCGAAGGCAAAAAUGUAACUAUGACGUGCAGAAUCACCGGAAUCCCGGAACCGAACGUUCGAUGGUUGCUCAAGAACAAAGUCAUUGCUAAUCUCUCGGGAACGCCUUAUUCCAACGGGAAGAAACUGUACGUUGUCCAUCUGCAAAACUCCUCCAGUGACCUAACUAUUUUAACUGCGGAUCUGCAGGAUGCGGGUAUUUACGUUUGCGCCGCGGAAAAUAAGGCGGGACGUGUUGAGGCGAGCGUCACUUUGGCCGUGUCGAGGAAACCAGCCGAUGGGCCUCUGAGCAAUAAGAUUCUCUUUGCCAGCGUCGUUGCUGGUAUCCUGUUCGUGCUGGCGACUUGCCUAAUCUCGCUGUGCAUUUUGACGAUCAGGAAGAAGCAUUUGAAUAGAUGGCCUAACAGGGCGUGCAGAAGCGAGGACGAUUACGAGAAAAUCGAGAUGAACAGGAAGGUGUCGGAGAACGCGAACGGAAGACCCGGUGAGGGUCUUGCGGUUGUACGCAAGAACGGUGAUUACAGGGUCGUCCCGGGAGCGGAUACCGAUCAGGAGUUGGAGGAUGAGGAGGAAGUGAAGGAGACCAAGUUCGAAGAUCUGCAUAUCCCGAAGCAAAACAGAGAAGAUUCGUUGAGGAGUCCCAGUUCGACGUGUGGUACAUAUAAUUACGAACAACCCUCAACAUCUUCAGGAUGUCAGCAGCAGCAACAACAGAGGAGGUUGAAAGACACGGCCACGUUCUCCACCGAUCUCGCCAGUCUUCUGGAAGGCGACGAGAAGAAGUUCCCCGACCUAAUAGAGAACUCCCCGAACAAAUCCAACAACAACUUCUGCCCGACGAAAGCGAACAGCGAAGGCGGCAGCGUCUCCGACAUAAACGAGCUCUUCUGCACUCUCCCUAGGAAGCGAACGCUGGUGCACAACUCCCGCUACUUGAGCACGGACAGCCAAACUCCACUUCUACCGGAAAGCCGGUACGGAAGCAGCGGAGGCGAGAGCAUCUCCAGCCGUCGCUUAUCCUCAGACAAAGGCGGACCGAAUCUGAACAAGAACCGGAUGAACCAACAGAGAUCCAACAGUUUCCUCAAUCUUCCCCAAAUGAACAGCAGCACACCGCUCCUCGACAUACAAUCACUAGAGAAUCGCGUCACUUACACCCCGAAUCCGGGCAUCCCGAACAGCAACAUGAACGCCUACGAUUACCACGCCGCUCAGCUGGAGCGUUUCCUCGAGGAGUACCGCACCCUGCAGAAGGAGUUGACACGCAUGAAGGAAUCCUGCGACAACAUGCGACAAGACAAGUACCUCGACAACGCCUCACCGCAAACACCGAAAGACGAAGAACCGAGAAAGACUUCACCCAAUUCGAACACCCUCACCGUCGGCAACUUCGAGAGCGAUCUUACACGAUACCUGCUGAAAUCGUCGCCGAAGGCCAUCAACAAUUCGACCCUCUUCAAUAGCUAAUUCUCGCGUGUACAUAAAACAU